GCUGCAUUUGAAGCACAGCAGCACUUCAAUGGAUGCAACUUCACCAUAACCUCACACACAUCAUCUCUGUUUGCAUUUUGCGUUGUGUUUCCUUAUUAUUAUUUACCUCCAGAUUUAUACCUUUAACGCCUUAAAAUACUGAAACCAAAAUCAUGACAGAGGGAAACAACAUACCUGAAGGUGAUGCACAGGCACGGGGUGAGGCGCCCCCGGACACACCGGUGGAGGAGGAGAAGAAGGAGAACGGGGACCGCAAAGUCACCAUCCCGGACCAGGCGGCGGCUCCGGGGGGUACGGGUGAUGAGGCGGACUUCGUGCACCCCGAAGGCGGCUGGGGGUGGCUGGUCAUGUUGGCCGCGAUGUGGUGCAAUGGCUCGGUGUUUGGGAUCCAGAACGCCUUCGGUAUACUGUUCCUGUCCCUGCUGCGGGAGUUUGGCUCCGAGACUGAUGAGGACCUCCGCUUCAGGACAGCAUGGGUGGGCUCUCUCUCCAUGGGGAUGAUCUUCUUCUGCUCUCCCAUCGUCAGCGUGUUCACCGACAUCCUCGGCUGCAGAGUUACAGCCGUGGGCGGAGCCGCUGUUGGACUCAUUGGCCUCCUCGCCAGCUCCUUUGUCAAGUCUCUGGGCCCCAUGUACUUCACUUACGGCAUCGUUUUUGCCUGUGGCUGCUCUUUCGCCUACCAGCCCAGCCUGGUCAUCCUGGGUCACUACUUUAAGAAGCGCCUGGGCCUGGUGAACGGCAUCGUCACAGCCGGCAGCAGCAUCUUCACCAUUACCCUGCCCUUCAUGCUGUCAGGACUGCUGGAAAAAGUGGGCCUUCAGAACACCAUGCGCGUCCUCUGCAUCUUCAUGUUUGUGCUGAUGCUGGCUGGCUUCACCUAUAAGCCCCUGAUGCCCGUCAGACCCUCUUCCACCCGCACCGGAGGCUUGUGCCCGCCCUUGAGCCAGAUCUUUAACAUCAACAUCUGGAGGUCUUUAGGCUAUCGCAUAUGGGCCUUUGGCAUCCCAGCAGCCCUCUACGGCUAUUUUGUGCCUUACGUUCACCUGAUGAAGCAUGUCGAGGAACGUUUUGGAGCGGACGCCAAUAAGGAGGUUCUGCUCAUGUGCAUUGGAAUCACGUCUGGUGUGGGUCGUCUUAUCUUUGGCAGAGUAGCGGACUAUGUUCAGGGAGUCAACAAAGUCUACCUGCAGGUGGCGUCCUUCUUUGUCAUCGGCCUCAUGUCUAUGAUGAUCCCUCUGUGCAACAUUUUCGGCGGUCUGAUCGCCGUCUGCCUGCUGAUGGGACUCUUCGACGGCUGCUUCAUCUGCAUCAUGGCUCCUAUUGCCUUCGAGCUGGUGGGUUCUAAGGACGUGUCCCAGGCCAUCGGCUUCCUGCUGGGCCUCAUGUCUGUGCCCAUGACGGUCGGACCUCCUAUUGCAGGCUUCCUCAGAGACAGACUCGGUAACUACAACGUGGCCUUCUACCUGGCCGGCAUCCCCCCGAUCAUCGGAGGAGCCGUGCUCUGUCUGAUCCCAUGGGUGGAGGCCAGACGCAAGAGGAGGGAGAAGGAGGCCAUGGCCAAAGAGCACAACGUCACCCAGAGCAUGUUGGAACACGACAAAGCUCAGGGAGAGUCCAAAGCCGGAGAGUCCAUCCUGUAAACACAAACAGAGACACACAGACUGAGGCUGCUGCUCACCAGCACUGUUAACACCUGUGUUUUUAGACGAAAUUGUAAUGACUGCCUACAACAGGAGAAUGUCAGUGAAAGCCAAACAUAUCAGUCAGAGGAACAGGCUGAAGGUAACAUGAAUGUGUUUUUUUAAACUAUGCAUUUGUUUGAAUUAGACUGAAAUGAUCUUACAGCAGUCAGACUUGAAGUUUGAUGAAAAUGAGGAAAAACUGCACAUUUUAUAUUUGUAACAAGGGAAUGGAGGCAUGCUGUGCUUAGUCUGAAUGCAGUGUUUAGGCAGUGCAACUCCCAAGUGUCACACCUCGUAUUCUGACGCAGACCCCGCUCAGUUUCCAACACUACCACUUAGUUUUAAACA